AUGGAAGGAGAUAAAAAACUGAAAGCCACGGUGGCAAAAGAACAAGCCAAACUUAGGGCGUUCGCAAUGGAGGUUAAAGUCACCAAUAAUGAACUAGAGGUCUGCCAAAAGAGGCUUAACCUUCAAGAGGUGGAAUUGGCGGCCACUCAGGAGGAGGCUAGAUCCAGCAAAGUUCUAGCUGAGGAUCGACCAUGCACAGGACUUGCAAUGGCGACCUUGCACAAUUUGAUCUUCGGAUUUGUUCUCCUGGUGGCCAUGGAGCAUGCUCUUGCAGAUUUCAACUUCUACAAGGACAUGGCCUGCUAUUGGGGAUAUAGAAACUUGGCCGUGUGGAACAAUGGCCAAAACUUUGCGCUUGGCCUCAACAACGUCUCAGGUUGUGGGAUUCAAACAAGGAAUCGGUUCCUCUUUGGAAGCGUAGAAAUGCAGAUUAAGCUGGUCCAUGGAAACUCUGCUGGCACUGUGACUACAUAUUAUAUAUCUUCUACUGGAAGCAAGCACGAUGAGAUCGAUUUCGAGUUCCUCGGCAAUGUAUCAGGGCAGCCUUACAUCAUCCACACCAACAUCUGGGCUCAAGGCUUGGGGAGAAAAGAGGUGCAGUUCUAUCCUUGGUUUGAUCCGACUGCUGCUUUUCACAACUACACCAUUCACUGGAACCCCAGCCAAAUUGUAUGGUUCAUCGAUGGGAUCCCCAUCAGGGUUUUCAGAAACUACCAAAGCUAUGGAAUUGCAUUCCCAAAUCAGCAAGCGAUGAGAGCCUACUCCAGCAUUUGGAACGGCGACUCAUGGGCGACCAGAGGUGGGCAGGUAAAGAUCAACUGGAAGAGUGCACCGUUCAGGGCAUUCUACCAGCAGGUGAAGCUGAGAACUUGUCCGUGGUACUCCCCGGCCAGCACUGCGCAGUGUUCGGCAAAAACCCCUGCCAACUGGUGGACUGCUCCGGCUUACAGCAGGCUGAGCUACGCGCAGCAGGGGCAGCUGAUGUGGGUGAGGAAGAACUACAUGAUCUACAAUUACUGCCAGGACUGGAAGAGAUUCAAAGGGGUGUUGCCUCCUGAGUGCUCUCUGCCUCUCUACUAGUGCUGCUGUCCGAUUGCUGCUUUCACCUACAUGCAUGGCCUUUGUGAACUACUGUUAUCUCUUUAUCGCUUUCAGUUUUCAUUUUUGAGUUGUUAAUCAAUGUUGUAUCUUUAAUGGUCUCGUUGG